UCUUGAGCUUGAUAGUGGAGUCUUUAUUUUUUCUCUCUCAGUCACAGUGUGCUUUUGCGCUCUUCUCUGCUCUCUGCUUCGUUCUCUGCCGCCAUGCUCUCAGGGGAUAUUCCUCCAAACCAGACCAUUUACAUUAAGAACCUCAAUGAGAAAAUCAAGAAAGAUGAACUGAAGAGAUCUCUUUAUGCUUUAUUCUCUCAGUAUGGAAGGAUUUUGGAUAUUGUUGCGUUGAAGACAUCAAAGCUUCGAGGUCAAGCAUGGGUUGCAUUUAGUGAAGUUACAGUUGCUAGUAAUGCAGUGCGUCAGAUGCAAAACUUUCCAUUUUAUGACAAGCCCAUGCGGAUACAAUAUGCAAAAACAAAGUCAGAUUGCAUUGCAAAGGCAGAUGGGACCUAUGUUCCACGAGAGAAGAAAAAGAAGCAGGAAGAAAAAGCUGAAAGAAAACGAAAGGCUGAGGCACCGCAAUCUGCUGCUACUGCUAACGGUACUAGUGAUAACAGACAUGGCGGCCCCACUGCUUCUUUCCCAGGAAAGCCAGGUGCUCAGGAUGCAGCUACGGCCCCCAACAAUAUACUUUUCAUUCAGAAUUUACCCCAUGAGACUACGAGUGUGAUGCUGCAAAUGUUGUUCCAACAAUACCCAGGUUUUAAGGAAGUACGAAUGAUUGAAGCGAAGCCUGGUAUUGCUUUUGUAGAGUUUGAAGAUGAUGUGCAGUCGUCGAUUGCCAUGCAGGCCCUUCAGGGCUUCAAGAUUACUCCCCAGAACCCUAUGGCCAUCAAUUAUGCCAAGAAAUAAUUACAUCUUUUAGUGGUAGGUGUCCUAAAUUUUAUGAGAAAUGUGAUGGCUAUGGGAGCCAUAUGCACACUGUAAGUCUGUAACCAUAUGAAUCUUCAGCACAAUUAAAAUUAGAAAAAUGGCUUUUUGUUCUUUG